CGACCAAGCAAGUAUGGUGAACUUCGCCGUCUCCCGCUCAACCCGAGCCGCCGCGCUGGCGUGCGCAGCGCUGCUGCUCGCUGCUGCUGCUGCACCUGCCGCUCUAGCCGACUCCUCUGUGGCAUUCUCCUCCACCAGCACCUACUCGCUGGACGACAUGAAGGCCACUGCCUCGUCCGCCGUCUCGCGCGCGUUCGCCGUGGCCUGCCAGGGCGCCGAUGCGUCGGCGGUCGCUGAGGCGGCUGCUCACGACAUCGCUAACGCCACCGCGACGGCCUACGCCAGCGCAACCACCUACGUACAAGUCGACGGCACCGGCUCCGCUGACGCCGACGCCUCCGCCCACGCCGAGGCCACCGCCCAGGCCACUGCCACCGCCAUCGCCGACGCCGUCGCGACUGCCACUGCCGGCGACCAGACCGCCACCACCGCCGUUCGCACCGGCGACGUGAAGACCGCUGUGGCCACCGCCAUCGCGUCCGCCACCUCCCACUCUUCUACCACUGGCGGCAGCGCCGGCUCUUCCGUGUCUGUGACGGCUGUGUCCACUGCGGUGGCGGACGCUGUGGCCAAGUCCCUGGCUGGCGCUCUGUCGGCCGCACAGGGCGGACACGCGACAUUCUGCUCCGCUCACGCACACGCCAAUGCCGGCGGCGACGGUGGCAACACGUCCUCGACAUCGCAGCCAACUAGCGGAGAUGCUUCAUCUGCCACGGCUGUGUCCGUUGCCAACUCCACCACCGCCGCGCACAUCCAGAACGCGACCGCCUCCGCAGUGGCUGUCGCCAUCGCAUCCGCCUGCGGUGGGGCUGACGUGAGCGCAGUGGCCCGGGCCGCCGCCGAGGCUGUAGCCACCGCCACCGCGGAGGCGUUUGCAUCCGCCACCACUUCCGUGCAAGUGAACGGCACCGGCUCCGCAGACGCCGACGCCUCCGCCCUCGCCGAGGCCACCGCCCAGGCCACUGCCGCCGCCAUCGCCGACGCCGUCGCGAUUGCCACUGCCGGCGACCAGACCGCCACCACCGCCGUUCGCACGGACGACGUGAAGACUGCUGUGGCCACCGCCAUCGCGUCCGCCACCUCCCACUCUUUUACCACUGGCGGCAGCGCCGGCUCUUCCGUGUCUGUGACGGCUGUGUCCACUGCGGUGGCGGACGCUGUGGCCAAGUCCCUGGCUGGCGCUCUGUCGGCCGCACAGGGCGGACACGCGACAUUCUGCCACGGCCUUACGUCAUCUCCUGGGCCCUCUUCCCCGUCGCCUUCCCCUUCCCGUUCUACCUCCCCCUCAUCUCCAUCGCCCUCGCCCUCUUCAUCUCCUUCGCCCUCUCCAUCUCCUUCACCCUCUCCAUCUCCUUCGCCCUCUCCAUCUCCUUCGCCCUCUCCGUCACCUUCUCCUUCCCCGUCUCCUUCUCCUUCCCCAUCGCCUUUCCCGUCGCCCUCUCCUUCGCCCGCUCCGUCACCCUCUCCAUCGCCGUCCUCUCCCUCCCCCUCUCCUUCGCCCGACGCCUCAAUCGCCUCGACUCCCGGCAGCAGUGGCCCUUCCAGCGGCUCGGCGUCAUCUGGCGCGAGCGCCUCUGCACCGGGUUCGUCCUUGGUGGGCGCUGCGCCCGACAGCGACGGCACUGCUGCCGCCUCCGCUCCUCCCUCCGACUCCCAGCAGUCUGCGGGCCCUAACCCUACGCAGCAGCUAGGCGAGCAGUCCUCUACCGGCAUUCGCGCCGACGCGGGCGCAGGGGCGGCCGCCCAGGCGGACCAGCAGCAGGGGCGCGCCUGGGGCUGGAGCGUGGGGCGCGCUCACGGGUACGGUUUGGGCCGCCGCUGGGGUGCGGGCGACGUGUAAGAGCUCCACAGGAUUCGGACUGCACCACCCAAGGAGCUGGUAUGUGCACUGCCCCUAAUGUGUGGUACAUGCGUGCGCAGGAUGUGUGGGCUUGUGGCUUACUGCUGUACAUUAGCAGAGUGUUUGCAAUUGUACCGUGUGUUUUCUGUGCCGCAACACGUGGAUAGUCUGGUACCUGUAUGUGCCACGUGUUUCUCUGCAUGGAUUAGCUGUGUGGCGAGACAUUGGCUCCCAAACUGCAUGCCACAUGUGCGUACAGCUCACAUGUGCAUGUAUUGAAUAAAGUCGCUGCAUACAGCUGAACGUUGGACGCUGGCCAUUAGAGACAUGCGCUUGUGGCAACCGCGGCCAUUAUUAGCUAGGCCCAGGGAU